ACGCCGCUCACUGCCAUGGUCUUCGAGAUUCGGGUGAGUGGUUGUCACCUCCACUCUGUCGUUACCUCUCUCACUCACUCUCACGAACAGAUCUCCCUCACACACGAAGAGAAUAGAAACCGAGUCCUAGCUCUCUCUCGACUCUCCUUGGUUAAGGGUAGCCGCAAUUCUCCCAUUUCGAAGCUAAGUUUCCUAUCCCAUCCACUGCAGCUAAAAAUCAGCAGCUGCAGUAUUACUGAUUUCUAUUCUUUAUGUGAUCUUUGUAGGUCUAAAUACGAGCAGCAAGCAUUUUUGAAGCCUAGCCUGCGUAUUCAAUCAGGUUCUGCAAAACAGUCUUUACAAGCAAGUUUAUCCCGAAAGAUUGUUAACAGCCUACGAAGUUCGAAUUCAUCAGAAAACUCAGAAUAUAUAGGAACAAUGAAGGUUAAAGUACUUAAAGGCUCCAACUUAGCUGUUCGGGAUAUGCUAUCAAGCGAUCCAUAUAUUGUGUUGACUCUCGGGCAGCAGAAAGUGCAAACGAGCGUGGUGAAUAGCUAUUUGAAUCCGGUAUGGAAUGAGGAGCUUACGCUUUCUAUUCCACACGAUUACAGCCAAGUAAAACUGCAAGUUUAUGAUCACGAUACGUUCUCUGCUGAUGACAUAAUGGGAGAGGCGGACAUAGACAUUCAGCCGAUGAUAACCUCAGCAUUGGCAUACGGAGACGCUAGAAAGUUUGCGGACAUGCAGAUCGGGAAGUGGCUGAAAUCAUACGACAACGCACUCAUAGAGGAUAGCCCUGUCAACAUUGUUGCUGGGAAGGUGAGGCAGGAUCUGUGGCUCAGGCUCCAAAAUGUAGAAUCUGGUGAAGUAGAACUUGAACUAGAGUGGGUUCUUCUUUGAACUUUCUUCAUUUGUAUAUGUAUUCCCCCAACCUCAUUAUUGUCAUUUUUCAGAAUAA